AUGGCAAGUCUUGCAAUGACCCGGGUCAUGCGUGAAUGUAGGGAAGUGGCUAACGCAACGGAUAUUACGGAGGCAGGAAUUCACGUCAUACUAACGGAUAACAAUAUUCGCAACAUUCAGGGAUUCAUCAAGGGACCUGCAGACUCGCCAUACGCUGAUGGUAUUUUCGAAGUUAUGAUGGCGAUUCCGGAUCAAUAUCCAUUUGCACCACCAAAAGUGAGGUUCGUCUCUCGUAUCUGGCACCCAAACAUAAGCUCACAAACCGGAGUCAUUUGCCUAGAUAUCCUCAAGGAUAAGUGGGCAGCAAGUCUAACGAUUCGCACGGUGCUUCUCUCAAUUCAAGCGAUGAUGUGCUCACCGGAGGCAUCGGAUCCACAGGAUGCGGUUGUCGCAAGGCAAUAUAUAACAAACUUCGAUAUGUUUAAGGCCACUGCCAAGUACUGGGCUGCUUACUUUGCUCAGUCCAAGAAGGACGUGGAUCAAAUUUACAGGGAAAAAGUUUUUCUUCUCAAGGAGAUGGGAAUCAAUGAGACGGAUGCAGUUGUCAUGCUCAGUUGUAGCGACUGGAAACUCGAUGAGGCGGUGCAAUGUAUCUUCUCUCAGUAA